AUAAAGUACAAAUAUACAGCAUUGAAGUGAGAGAAUCGAAGAAGCUGCUGACCAUAAUUCUGAAAAACAUAGUAAAAAUUAGUAAAAGAGAAGGGAAAGAAUUGCUUUUGUAUUUUGAUGCAUCAUUAGAAAUCACUAGUGUGACACAAAAAAUUUUUGGUGCACAUAAAUAUAGGGAAUUUACCAGAAAACAGGGUAUUUCGGUUGCCAAAACAUCUGUGCAUAUACUUUUUGAUGCAAGUGGAUCACAGAUUCUAGUGCCAGAAAGUCAAGUCUCACCCACCGAAGAGGAACUCACUACUUUGAAAGAAAAACCUAACUCCCAAAAGGAAUUUGCUAAACCUCCGAAAUAUAUCAAAAACUGUAAUCAAGGAGACAGAAAGAAUAGUCAGCUUGAGAUAAUUACUCCUAGCAAAAGAAAAAUGUCUGAAGCAUCAAUGAUUGUUCCUGGUGCAGACAGAUACACUGUGAGAAGUCCAAUUCUUUUAAUCAACACAUCAACACCACGAAGAGGAAGAAUUAAACCACCACUGCAAAUGAUGAGUUCUGCAGAAAAACCUGAUACACCUAAAACAUCAGAAAGUGGAGUGGAUAAUGCUGUAUUUCUUAUAUCUAGACCAUCUGAAGGAAGAAAUAGUGGAGAUAAUACAGACAAACAUAUCAAAAUGGCUAAAGUUGUAAAGAAGACAGAAAAUAAGGUUGUUGAAUUCCCAAACCAAAAUAUGAAUGACCUGCAGGAUAUCGUUCCAGAUUCCCAAGCAGUGGAGAAAAUAGAUAAACCUGUGUUACGUGGUGUUUUGGACAACAUCUGUGGGGGAAAAAUGCCCUCCAAAUGGUCCUGUUGGACUCCUGUAACAAAUAUUAAUCUAUGUAAUAACCAAAGAGCAGAUACUUCAUCAGGAGACAUAUUCAGUCAAGAUGUUACUGUGAACAAAAAACUUAGGAAACAAAAAUCAUCCUCUUCAAUAUCUGAGGAUAAUUCUGAAGAAACAGAAAAGAUGCAAUAUAAGAAAAAAACAAUGCAGCAUAACAAAAUAGAGAAAGCAAAAGUAGGAGUGUGCAAAAGAGACACUCAGCAACGACUAAAUCAUGCUAAACAUUCGGAGCAGAAAAAUACUGAAAAUACCAAGCAAAGUGAUUGGCAUAUUGAAUCUGCAACUACUUUUAAGUCCGUUCUCCUAAAUAAGACAGUUGAAGAAUCUCUGAUCUAUAGGAAGAAAUACAUACUGUCAAAAGAUGUGAAUACUGCUAUUUGUGAUAAAAGCCCUUCUCCUAGAAAAAAUGUGAAAAGUCAUAGAAAAGCAGGGAAAAGAUUAACAUCUGAACUUAAUUCCUGGGAUUUGAAACAAAAAAAAAUGAGAGGAAAGUCAAAAGAGAAAGGAUUUACUGAUGCAGCAGAAUCCUUGAUAAACCAAAUUAAUAAGAGGUAUAAACCAAAGGAUGACAUAAAGUCCACAAGAAAAUUCAAGGAGUCUUUGAUUGACAGUGGUUUUUCAAACAAAUCUGAUCUACAGCUCAGUAAGGAAAAGGUUCAGAAAAAAAGUUAUAGACAACUGAAGACUACUUUUGUUAAUGUUACUUCUGAAUGCCCAUUGAAUGAUGUUUACAAUUUUAAUUUGAAUGGAGCUGAUGAGCCUAUUAUAAAACUUGGAAUCCAGGAAUUUCAAGCUACAGCUACAGAAGCCUGUUUGGAUAAUUCAAUAAAAUUGUUUAAGGAAUCAUGAUGAACUUGAAACUUCUCUCAAAACAACAG